UUGCACUUUCAGGCAGUUCUCCUCUUUUCCUUUCUUAGAUUGGGUUCUCAUUACAAGACAAUGAAACUGGUGUAUGUCUGCUGUUCCCUUCUGAUAGCGAUAAGAGAGGGGUUAGCAGGUGCUGGCAGUGGCCCUUCUGGGGUUCUGAACAGGUCGUCUGGAGUUUCCAGCUGCUCCCAGGUGAGACUGAAGCCAGCUGGGCAAUGUGAUGAUGAGGACGAAUGCCCAUACCAGCUCACGCUGCCGCCUCUUACCAUCCAACUUCCCAAACAAUUCCGACUACUGGAAAAGACCAUGAAGGAGCUGCAAAGUCUAAAGGAGACCGUAAACAUGAUGAAGAUCUCCUGCCAGGAAUGCAGCUCGCGGCAGGUGGACGUCAACUUACAGAAAGACAGCGGAGACCCCACGAAUGGUGGCUCUGAGCAGAGCAGAGGGGACACGAGCACGAGAGUCUACCAGAAUGGAAACGACAGCAAUAAUGAUAUCGUACAGGACAUGCGAGUGAAAAUGAACCGUAUGUCUAUCAGCCUGAAGAAUGCACGUGGGCAGAUUAACACUCUUCAGGGUCGUCUGGAGGAGCUUAACCUCCUCAAUUUGCAGAACGUUGAGGAUAUAGUGGACAGGAAGGUUGAGAACAUCACUGGAAUGGUCAACAAAAUCAGCAGCACCUGCACUUCACACUGUCCAAAAGAUAAUCACCCUGAACCUCAACCCCUCACAAAAUUCAGUCCCAGAGAUUGCUCUGACAUCAACUUGCUGGAACAGCGGCCAAGCGGUGUGUACAGCGUGAUCCCUGAUCCCAGGAAUGGCAGCUUUCCAGUGUACUGUGACACGGAGUCAUCUGGAGGUGGGUGGACUGUCGUGCAGCAGCGCAUCAAUGGCAGCGUGAGUUUUAACCGAAACUGGACCGAAUACAAAAAGGGCUUCGGUGACCUGAAUGGGAACUUCUGGUUGGGCAAUGACAAAAUUCACCUGCUUACCAAGGCCAAGGACAUGGUCCUGCGUAUUGAGCUAGAGGACUUCGGCGGCACCCGUGGAUAUGCCAAGUACGAUCAGUUCUACGUGUCAAAUGAGUAUCUCAAUUAUAGGCUGUCGCUGAGCGGGUACUCAGGGACCGCUGGGAACGCUCUGCAGUUUAGCAAAAACUUCAACCAUGAUCAGAAGUUUUUCACAACACCCGACAGAGACAAUGACAUGUAUCCUACAGGGAAUUGUGGGGAAUACUAUGGAUCGGGCUGGUGGUUUGAUGCCUGCAUGUCAGCAAAUCUCAACGGCAAAUACUACAAAUCCAAGUAUAAAGGAAAAAGGGAUGGAAUCUAUUGGGGCACGUGGCACAACAUGACUAACGAGUACUAUCUGACAAGCUACAGACAAGCAUUUAAAACUGUCAAAAUGAUGAUCAGGCCAAAAAAUUAUACUCCGUAAAUGAACUGAUGUAUAGAUGCAAAUAAAUGGUGCAGUACUUUCCCAAAAUAUUUUUUGCUAUUGGACUUGCAAUUACUGUAUUGAAAGCUUAUAUUUGGUCAAAAUAUAGUACCAUGACCUUUCUGUGAAAAUGUAUAGCUUACUUUUUCUUUGUGUGUGUGCUACUGCCAUCUUGUGUUCAACUGUAUUACUUACUGUAAAUACAGUAUGUCAGGGGGUUUUAAAAUUGUGGGUUGGAAAACACUAUUGGGUCACACAGUAAGAUCAGGUGGGUCGGGCAAAGUAACUUAGUUGUUGUAGUGAAACAGUUUUUAAUUAAUCCUAUUAAUGAUAAUUAAUGGCAAUAGUUUUGAUAUCUUACAUUUAAUUCAUACAAUGACAAUGGAAAUAUAACAAGCUACUCUUUUCUAAAUAAGAACAAUUUUCUUUUUGUAUUUCUACAUGUAUUUUUCUGUAUAUUUCUAUAAAAAAUAUUUUGGUGGGUCCUGAGAUAGAUUAUACUUAAGUGAGUCGUGGAAUGAAAAAGUUUGUGAACUGUAAAUAAAGCUUUAAAAAAGAAAUGUACAGUAUUUAUUUUUGUGUAAACAGCCUCUAAAGAUUUUUACUGCAUUUUUACUGAGAUUAAGCAUAGGUAAAACAAAUAGCCUAUUGACAUUUUUUAAAAUAACUUGUUUUUAUUAUUUUGUUUUCAAAUUGUUUGUAUAUUUGAGCAUUGCUAUUAAACAACUUUAUUUGUUUUAAA